AUGCAGACAGUACUCACUCAUCAAACUAAGCGCUCACUAGACUCUAGGACGCUGAUCUUCGAACGCUGUGUACAGUACAAUCACACUUAUUCAGUGGAAGCCAAGUGCCUGAAAGUUGCACCACGAAAUAGCGUUAGCAGAGAAGCUAGAGCGUUCCGCGAUUGCCAGCCGAGCCGAGAUCAGAUAAUCGAAGCACCGGAUUGGGAUGAUGGCUUUGGAGGCAGCGAGAAUGAUUUCGGGAAAUCUAUGCGUCAGAGGUUGCUCCAUUGGGGUCCGCUAACUGCCAUUGGCAUAACAUUGAUUAUUGGUAUCGCCACAACGUAUCUGCAUCUGCUGUGGUGGCCACCAACAACAUUUGCUGCAUUUCUUCACCUUUCAUUUUUCUUAUUCUUCAACUAUCUCAGUCUGGUG